AUGCCUAAAGAUUUAUGUGAAAUAUGUGGUAUAAAUGAAUUUAAAUAUAAAUGCCCUGGCUGUCUGAAGAAGACCUGUUCACUGGAAUGUUCUAAAUCGCAUAAAAAAUUGGAUUCAUGUACUGGGCAGUCUUAUGAUCCAGUGAAAUAUGUGUCUAGUGAAACGUUGAAAAAUGCAGACGAUGAAAAACAUGAGAACAACUAUUUAGUUCAGAGGGAUUUCAACUUUUUAACUAAUCUUAAAAGGCAGUUGGAAGUUCAAAAAUUAGAUGGGAUGAAACGGAAUAAGAGAACUUUACAAAGUUUCAGAAACAAUGGCAAUAACAAUCAAAGUUCUUUUAAAAGAGCCAAAUAUGAAGAGGAAUGUUCACGAGUAAUCAGAAGAGGGGUUAAUUGUCUUUUAUUGCCAAGGGGAAUGUAUAGAUCUACUUUGAAUAAAAGUAGAUGGGAUAAGAAUUCAGACUUAUUUGUUUGGUCUAUAGAAUGGAUUGUAUGUCCAAGUAAUGAGCUUUCAUCCGAAACAGACUCUAAUCAAGUACCAUUUAUUCACGUGAGUCACAAGGUUAAGGAGACAGCCAGUUUGAUAGAGGGUAUGAGUAAUGUAGUUUAUGAGAGAUGUUGUCUAAUAUACGAUAUUUCUAAAGAUGUGCAAACUAUGUCUAUUGAUGAUAAUGUUAAGGGGUGUAGAGAUAACAAGGUGAGAUCAGACAUUUUGUUGAAGGCAGGAUUAAAGUUUUAUACCAAGCAAUUUCCUUAUAACACAACAAAAAUGCAAGAUUCAAAAGAGCUUGUUGAAUUGGAUGCUAUUGAUAAAUGCAUUGGUGAGCUCUUUAGGAACAGGACUGUUAUUGAAUUUCCAACUAUUUACAUAGCAAAGGCUCCAGAAUAUUUACCGAAGGGAUUUAAGAUUGUUGAGGACAAUAUUGAUUUGGUUCCAAAGAAGAAGAGCAGUGAUACAAAUAUAGCUGUUGUCGCUAACAAUGAUUUAAAUAAUGUAGCAAUUGUGACUAAUAAUAUAUUGGAAGAUGAUGAUGAUGAUAACAAUGAAGCUCCUGAAGAGACAUCUUUUAGGAAGCACAAGUCUGAUAUUUCGGAGAAAAAUGAUGAGAAGGGGUCAGCAGAUAGUGGAAUUUCACAUAUUAAUAAAGAUGAUGAAAAUGAGGAUGAUUAUGACCCAACAGCGCUGUAA